AUGACUUCGACAUGCAUAUUUGAAUUCGAUCGACCUGAGCCGGUCUUCUAUAGUGGCGAGAAUAUUUACCUACGUGCCACAUUAAAUUUGGCGUACACCAAGGAAGUUCACUCAAUUUAUGUGUCCUUCGAGGGCACAGCGUGUGUGAGUUGGGAGAGGAGGGAAUGGUUGAAUAAAUUAGCCCUUCACGAUUGGCGAACUGAUGACGACACAGUUCAUAGUUCGGACUCCUACGUCAUGGCCUUCACAAAGCUGUGCCGUAAAGAGCAAUUGCCAACGGGCCAGCAUAUCUUUGAAUUAUGCUUGCCACUGCCCGCCAAGUCCCCCAACUCGUGUAUUGCCAAGUACGGCAGGGUAUUCUAUGAACUGGGCCUGGUUGUAGAGUAUCCUGAGCAUCGAGAUGAUGAGUACAAGCGGCAGGUCAUCGUUAUGUACAAUUACAAUUUAAACUGGUAUCCGGAGAUUUUGGCCCCACUCAAAUUUGAAACCGUUAGCGAGUUUUGCAGUUGGCCCAUUAAGGGAGGAGCAGUGUUUACCAUACUCUCUCUGCCCUGUGGUGGAUAUGUGCCCGGUCAAAUGAUGAACUUCCAGCUGGAGAUUGACAAUCGCUCCCAAGGUCAUGACGUGAAUAAUGUCGUAGUACAAUUUAUACAGACCACUAAGUAUACAGUGAGUUUUCCAAAAACCAGACGCACUGAGGACAGCAAAGUGUUGAUCGAAUAUGGUCCAAUCGGUGAAGUGUUACGUUAUUCGAAACGCGUAAUCAACGACGCUCUUUUUAUACACAACAUGCCGCCUACGACCAGAUACAAGACCCUCAUCGAUGUGAGCUACCAUUUGGUCGUUUCUAUAAAGACGGGCGGCGUGCAGCGUGACUCGACAUUGUCGGUGCCCAUUAUUAUUGGCACCAAGCCCCAGCAAAAUAGCGUUGAAGGGCCAAAACUUCCCAUUCUAAUGCCAACUGAUAAGCUCCCAAAACUUCCCACUCUGAUGCCAAAUGUGAAGUCAGACGACGAUAAGCCCCCAAGCUAUGAAAAAUGCAAAUCGCCACCGGGCUUUGUUGAGGCUGUGAGUGGGGCUAAGCCCGGCUCCGAUUGUCCCGAUGAUAUUGUACCCCGCUAUCCAAUAUGCACUAACUUUGUAAUUCUAUCCGCAUCCACACCGGAUAAUACCAACACACCAUUCCUUACCCAAAAGCUAUAUCCUUAUCCACCAGUGGUGGCCUCCAAAGGUCCUAACGUUAACGAAACAGGCACUGGCAUCAGCGGCACAGCGAUUCCUUCAAUUGCGGCGGAAUUGAUAGCUCGUAAGAAUAUUACUGAAUAA